AUGGGAAACCAAGCAAGCUCAGCAGGCAAUUUACUGAGCGCUGGUAGUCACAAGCUGAGCUUUGCGCUGAAAACUGGGGACGCGGAGCUGGAAAUCGUAGCCAAGGGCCCGAACGGGAGGGACUGGGAGCCCCGCAUAAAGAUUCCUGUAACUGAGGUCUGUAUUGAUCUGGUGUUGGGAGGCAGCUCUCAGCUGACGGUGUCAGGUCGCAGGGCCGUGACGUCCUUGAGCGCUGCAACAGACGGCAAGAAGGUCUCCGUCCCCCUCCUCACCGUCACAAAGGAGUUCACCCUCCGGGAGCACGAGGGCGGGUUGUUUAGCGAGCGCAGGGGAGCGGGAGAUGGGGGGGAUCCCUCCCUGCAGCCCCAGCAGCAGCAGCAGCCGCUCUCGGGCCCCAGCCAGGAGUGCAGCUGGAACCGCCAGUCCACCACCGCCACCACCACCACCAGCGAGUGGCGCCGGGUGAACGAGUACCUGGAGAUGCGUGUGUCCGCCACCUUCGCCGCCGCGGUACGGGCGGGGUCCAAACUCAGCUGGAAGGGCUUCUGGACCCGAGUGCAGGUCGUUCGCGAGUUCCUGGAGGCGGAGGCGGAGGUGCAGAUGUGUUUGGAGGUCCGUUGGCGGCAAUCACCCACCGUGAUGCGCGAGCUGCUGCUCAGGUACUACCACAGAGAGGUGCCGCUGCCGCCGAGGGUGGAGCCGCCGGCGCACCCGCAGCUGCCGCAGCAGCGACGCAUGAGCGCACCGCUGUGGGGCGACCCCGGCCAGCUCGGCCGCGCAGCCACAUUGAUGCGGGAGGACAGGUUGCGGACGGAGGAGGACCCGGACCGGCGGCGGGUGGGUGAGGCGGUUGACGUGGGGCUCAUGGCGGCUGUGUGGCCACGCGUGGCUGCGGCAGCAUACUUGGGGCGGGUGCAGGUCGAGGGCUCGGUGAAGUUGCUGACGGUAACUAGAGGGACCAGCUCGGGGUGGUCCAGCCGUUGGUGUGUUUUCAACUCCACUGACUGGAGCGUCGGGGGAAGGGUGGGUUUCCAUCAAUACGGUUUGGGUGUAUGGAGAAAAGGAGAAGCCAAGAAAGCAACGCCGCGAGGUGGCCAGGCUGACACGUGGCUAAGGUGA